UUCCCCAAAUGGCCACAGCAACAAAGGCAACAAAAAGCGUUUACAGAUUAUUUGUGGGUAAUUUGCCGUGGACAGUCAGUCAUCAACAGCUGAAGGGAUACUUUAAGGAAUUUGGCCGUGUCAUCAAUGCCAAUGUAGUGUUCGAUAAAAAGACCGGUCUAUCACGAGGUUAUGGAUUUGUCACUGUAAACAGUCUUAAAGCGGUGCAAGCAAUUGAAAACGAGCAAAAACAUACGCUGGAAGGCCACUAUUUGAACAUCCAAAAAACAUAA